AUGUCCACGGCAAGUACAGCACAACCUUCAAGUGUCAUCGACAAGUACAACACAAGCUUCAAGCGCCGCGGCUUGUACAGCACAAGCUUCGAGUAUCCACGGCAAGUACAACACAAGCUUCGAAUGUCCACGGCAAGUACAGCACAAGCUUCAAGUGUCAUCGACAAGUACAACACAAGCUUCAAGUGUCCGCGGCUAGUACAGCACAAGCUUCGAGUGGCCAAGGCAAGUACAACACACGCUUCGAAUGUCCACGGCAAGUACAGCACAACUUUCAAGUGUCAUCGACAAGUACAACACAAGCUUCAAGUGUCCGCGGCUAGUACAGCACAAGCUUCGAGUGUCCACGGCAAGUACAACACAAGCUUCGAAUGUCCACGGCAAGUACAGCACAAGCUUCAAGUGUCCACGUACAACACAAGCUUCAACGGCAAGAACAACACAAGCUUCAAGUGUCCACGGCAAGUACAACACAACCUUCAAGUGUCCUCGUAUCUGAAGUAUAUUACACUUGUGCGCUUCUUCAAGUACAACACAAGCUUCAAGUGUCCACGGCAAGUACAACACAAGCUUCAAGUGUCCACGGCAAGUACAACACAAGCUUCAAGUGUCCACGGCAAGUACAGCACAAGCUUCAAGUGUCCACGGCAAGUACAACACAAGCUUCAAGUGUCCACGGCAAGUACAACACAAGCUUCAAGUGUCCACGGCAAGUACAACACAAGCUUCAAGUGUCCACGGAAGGAAUGUGUCCAAGGCAACAGGAAGAAAUGUGUCCAAGGCAACAGGAAGGAAUGUGUCCAAGGCAGCAGGAAGGACUAUGUCCACAACAACAGGAAAGAAUGUGUCCAAGGCAACAGAAAGGAAUGUGUCCACAACAACAGGAAGGAAUGUGUCCAAGGCAACAGAAAGGAAUGUGUCCAAGGCAACAGGAAGGACUAUGUCCACAACAACAGGAAGGAAUGUGUCCAGGGCAGCAGGAAGGACUAUGUCCACAACAACAGGAAAGAAUGUGUCCAAGGCAACAGAAAGGAAUGUGUCCAAGGCAACAGGAAGGACUAUGUCCACAACAACAGGAAAGAAUGUGUCCAAUGCAGCAGGAAGGAAUGUGUCCACAACAACAGGAAGGAAUGUGUCCAAGGCAACAGAAAGGACUAUGUCCACAACAACAGGAAAGAAUGUGUCCAAGGCAACAGAAAGGAAUGUGUCCACAACAACAGGAAGGAAUGUGUCCAAGGCAACAGGAAGGACUAUGUCCACAACAACAGGAAAGAAUGUGUCCAAGGCAGCAGGAAGGACUAUGUCCACAACAACAGGAAAGAAUGUGUCCAAGGCAACAGAAAGGAAUGUGUCCAAGGCAACAGGAAGGACUAUGUCCACAACAACAGGAAGGAAUGUGUCCAAGGCAGCAGGAAGGAAUGUGUCCACAACAACAGGAAGGAAUGUGUCCAAGGCAACAGGAAGGAAUGUGUCCACAACAACAGAAAGGAAUGUGUCCAAGGCAACAGAAAGGAAUGUGUCCACAACAACAGGAAAGAAUGUGUCCAAGGCAACAGAAAGGAAUGUGUCCAAGGCAACAGGAAGGACUAUGUCCACAACAACAGGAAGGAAUGUGUCCAAGGCAGCAGGAAGGAAUGUGUCCACAACAACAGGAAAGAAUGUGUCCAAGGCAACAGAAAGGAAUGUGUCCACAACAACAGGAAGGAAUGUGUCCAAGGCAACAGAAAGGAAUGUGUCCAAGGCAACAGGAAGGACUAUGUCCACAACAACAGGAAGGAAUGUGUCCAAGGCAACAGAAAGGAAUGUGUCCACAACAACAGGAAGGAAUGUGUCCAAGGCAACAGGAAGGAAUGUGUCCAGGGCAGCAGGAAGGACUAUGUCCACAACAACAGGAAAGAAUGUGUCCAAGGCAACAGGAAGGAAUGUGUCCACAACAACAGGAAGGAAUGUGUCCAAGGCAGCAGGAAGGACUAUGUCCACAACAACAGGAAGGAAUGUGUCCAAGGCAACAGAAAGGAAUGUGUCCACAACAACAGGAAGGAAUGUGUCCAAGGCAACAGAAAGGAAUGUGUCCAAGGCAACAGGAAGGACUAUGUCCACAACAACAGGAAGGAAUGUGUCCAAGGCAACAGAAAGGAAUGUGUCCAAGGCAACAGGAAGGACUAUGUCCACAACAACAGGAAGGAAUGUGUCCAAGGCAACAGAAAGGAAUGUGUCCACAACAACAGGAAGGAAUGUGUCCAAGGCAACAGGAAGGAAUGUGUCCAGGGCAGCAGGAAGGACUAUGUCCACAACAACAGGAAAGAAUGUGUCCAAGGCAACAGGAAGGAAUGUGUCCACAACAACAGGAAGGAAUGUGUCCAAGGCAGCAGGAAGGACUAUGUCCACAACAACAGGAAGGAAUGUGUCCAAGGCAACAGAAAGGAAUGUGUCCACAACAACAGGAAGGAAUGUGUCCAAGGCAACAGAAAGGAAUGUGUCCAAGGCAACAGGAAGGACUAUGUCCACAACAACAGGAAGGAAUGUGUCCAAGGCAACAGGAAGGAAUGUGUCCAAGGCAACAGAAAGGAAUUUGUCCACAACAACAGGAAGGAAUGUGUCCAAGGCAACAGAAAGGAAUGUGUCCAAGGCAACAGGAAGGACUAUGUCCACAACAACAGGAAGGAAUGUGUCCAAGGCAACAGGAAGGAAUGUGUCCAAGGCAACGGGAAGAAAUGUGUCCAAGGCAACAGGAAGGAAUGUGUCCACAACAACAGGAAGGAAUGUGUCCAAGGCAACAGGAAGGAAUGUGUCCACAACAACAGGAAGGAAUGUGUCCAAGGCAACAGAAAGGAAUGUGUCCACAACAACAGGAAGGAAUGUGUCCAAGGCAACAGAAAGGAAUGUGUCCAAGGCAACAGGAAGGACUAUGUCCACAACAACAGGAAGGAAUGUGUCCAAGGCAACAGGAAGGAAUGUGUCCAAGGCAACGGGAAGAAAUGUGUCCAAGGCAACAGGAAGGAAUGUGUCCACAACAACAGGAAGGAAUGUGUCCAAGGCAACAGGAAGGAAUGUGUCCACAACAACAGGAAGGAAUGUGUCCAAGGCAACAGAAAGGAAUGUGUCCACAACAACAGGAAGGAAUGUGUCCAAGGCAACAGAAAGGAAUGUGUCCAAGGCAACAGGAAGGACUAUGUCCACAACAACAGGAAGGAAUGUGUCCAAGGCAACAGGAAGGAAUGUGUCCAAGGCAACGGGAAGAAAUGUGUCCAGGGCAACAAGAAGGAAUGUGUCCCAGGCAACAAGAAGGAACGUGUCCAAGGCAACAAGAAGGAAUGUGUCCCAGGCAACUAG